AGUGUAAAUUCGAACGCGAUCAACGUGUUCUGCCUAUCGUUGUGCGUUCACAGUGCAGUCGUGAUUAAAGUCGCAAUAACUUCUAGAGUUCAUUAAAGGAUGCCAGGCAAAAAGCACAAAGUAAAAGGAAAGACCUUCAAUCUCAACGAUUUCUUGGGUUCGGAACAAGAUGCACCUUCCGGGUAUGCUGUGGUCAACACCUCUCGACGACUCAACUGGGCAGAUACAAUGGAAAAUGAGGCUAUCGAUGAUCCUGUGCUUACAGAGAAGUACACAAUAGAUUACAAAAAGGAUGAGAGGAUCAUUCUGCCCACGGCACCCAAAGCAGCUAGGGGACCAGAUGUGGAUCUCGCCAGGGUUCCCAACAAGCCACCUUACACAGUGUACCUUGGAAAUCUUCCCUACGACAUCACUGACGAUGAUGUCACUAAAUUUUUCCGCAAGCUCAAGGUGUCCUCUGUACGGCUGCCUCGGGAAAGUGGAGAACGGAGCCGUAUGCGUGGCUUUGGCUAUGCGGAAUUUCCUGAUCGCAGCACAUUGCUUGAAGCACUUGCCUUUAAUAAUGAGUCCUUGAAAGGCCGAUCUAUCAAAGUGAGUUUGGCAGAAGAGCAUGCUGACAAUGAAGGCCGUGACCGCGGAAACCGCGACCGCGAUUUUGGCCGAAGUGAACGUGCACUGGGUGAUUGGAGAGCAGCGCCUAGAGAUGAGCCUGAUGAAGGAAGGAGACCUGAUUCCUAUGGUGGCAGCCGAGGUGGCUUUGAAGACUCGGACAGGUACCGUCGUAGUGGCUUUGAUCGGGAUGGUGGUGAUCGGGAUCGUGACUUUGGUUACGGCCGUGACCGUGAUGGCCGAGACAGCUAUUCUCGUGGGCCUUCUCGAGGUUUUGGUGGUGACCGAGAUGGCUUUGACAGAGAUCGCAGAGGCGGCGGCGGCAGCAGCAGCUUUGAACGUCGUGACGACAGAGGGUUUGGCAGAAGUGGAAGCUAUGGCGGUUUUCGGGAUGAGCCCCGAGAGAAAUAUCAGGAGAGUGACAGGGAUGAGAGAGACAGAGGACAAGAAUCUGGGCCUAGGGAGAGGAAGAAGCUGCAGUUGAAGCCGAGGUCAACGGAGGCCCCGAAACAGGCUCCGCCUCCAGCCAAGGCAGCAGCGGCCAUUUUCGGCGGGGCACGCCCAGUUGACACUGCGGCCCGCGAGCGUGAGAUUGAAGAACGCCUUGCCAAGCAACGAGAGGAGGAGGAACGACGCCAAGUGCGAGAACCUUUCAUGGAGAGAAAAGAAGAGAGAGUUAGGCGCUCCAGUGUAGGCUCGGGAUCUGGUCGUUCUCGACGUUCUUCAGAGUCGAGUAGUCGCGAGAACUACGACGAUGUAAAGCUGUCCAGGCAGUUGAGCAAUGAGAGUGACCAGCAGUCAGCAGUCAGAGCUCCGCCCCACGAUCAGCCACCACCAUCAAAAGCAGACAGAACACGGCGCCCUGAACAAGCAAACUUGAGAGAGAGCUACAGCAGUAGGAAUGGUGAACGUGUCCAAAAGUCUGGAACUGCAGCAGAUGAUGAUAAGGAAGUGGUGUACACGAGCAAGAACAUUUAUGCCCACCUUGAACCAGAGGAAGAAGCAGGCAAUGUUUCUAACUAAGUGCACACAGCUUCUGGUUCUGACUGAAAUGCAGAGACAUGAAAUGCUCACUCUCGACAUUUUUAAACAUAGAUUCUCCUUACUUUCCAGCAUGAACUCUUACGAGAUCUAGAGGGGAUUUUACACAAUCAUGUGCUCUGAAAUCACAAAAUACACACUGGCAGAAUAUUUUAAAACAUGUGGUGCGUGACUCUAGUUAUUGCUUUCCUCGUUACAUCUUUGUUUCAUCUAUACAAAGUGUUUCUGGUGUGGGACUGUGCGCAGCACACAAUCCAGCUGUGUAAUUGGUUAGCAAAUUUCUUUGUUGAGACAGCAAAUUGUCACGUCUCUGUUACCCUCUGUUUCUCUCUCUCUACAACAGGCAACAUUGCACGGAAGUGCAUUCACAUUAAUCAUCUCUGACUUAGGCAAAUGACACAAUGCAAAAUGUGUUAAUGACAUAUUUAUAAAUGCACAUAUUUGUAAGGAGGUCAGCUCGUUCGGCAUGUGAUUCUUCUGUUGUGCAUGUGUUGACCAGUUGCAGUGUGGAACGUGUAAAUAUGCUGACUGCGUCCUGGCUGUGCAUUCUCCUUUCUUCCAGCAACUUAAUGUGUGCUGGAUUUCAGUUGUAUAGAGACUCUUGGAGAUGUGUCUCAAGCCCUUGCUGUUGGUACACUGUGCUGCUAACACAGUGGAAGGUGGCAUAUUUGCAGACAGAAAGAGAGGUUAGGCAUAAUCCUCUGUUCAUGUUGCACUGACAGUACAGACUGAAGAGGUGCAAGCCUGACCCUCCAAGAUGUUCUAAGGCCUUGUAGAUGUCUGCUAGGUAGAUGACAGUGUACAUAUUUUAUAAAAGUAUGCGUGGGACCGAUUUAUAAAAAUGCCCUCUCUUUACCCUGUAAUUGUUUCAUUUGCAAAUGUUGAACAUAACCGUGUACUACAUAACGUUCUGUUGCUUUAUAACAAUGUUAAAUCUGCAUUUCAGUCCUCUGUUUGACACCUUAUCGAGUAGUGAAUAAAGUAUUGCUUUGCCUUACUAGUA